GUUUUUGGCCUCCUGUGUCCUAAAAAACGUUUUCAGGACACAAGACUUGUUAUACAUCUCUGUUGAAGGCGCUCUAAUAGGAUUACAGUUAUUCGAACCAAAUUUAUGGUGCCAAUGAGAGAAAGGACACGGGUGGUUAUGUACCCAAUAUUAAAGCCGAUUCAUGAAUUCUUCUUGAUGGAUUUAGCCGUAGUUAAACGGUACAUGUCCGUAACUGUAAAAACAUGAUAUUUUGAAGGAUAACAUGGAGCCUUCAGGAUACGUAAAGAAAUCCUCUCUUCACAAAAUGUGAUACACAAUAUAUCAACAGAUAUGUGUACGAGACAAAUGUGAGUUAUCAAUGUGGCAACCCAAAAUCGCUUGAAAGCAGAAUAAUAUCUGUCAAAAGAAACUUGAGAAAACGGCAUAUUCACCCAAACACGCCCUUUUAGUGUACGCACAAUAUAAUCAUCAAACGAAAAUGAACCACAAAAUUAUUAACUUGAGAGGAGUUAGGUGGCCAUGUUUCUCCAACCCCUUACCGACCUCGAUAUAUAUAUUAUUUAUCCUUUUUUCACCCGAUCGAGCUGGGAAUUAGGAACAGUACCGCACCGAUCUUGUUGCAGUCCCUCGUCCUACCUUGAAGUAUAAAACAGUUGUUGCAUCCUUGAAACCUCAGCAAAGUCUAGCUAGUCAUGUUCAUCAGCUCCACACACAUGUCAAAGGCAUCGGAUCAGACCCAUGCCGGCCUGCAUGUCACCACCAUGUAUUUUUGAUCCCUUGAAGCCUCGCCCUUCCCCGUGCAUGACGAAGCAAAAGCAACCGAGCAAGCUAUAGUAGCUUUCCACUACCGCCUACAAAUACCUCCACUCUUCCUUCGUCUUCCCGCGGCCUCCAUCCAUCCAUUCACUGCAGUUAGGCAGGAUGAGGUUUACUUCAUCUGUUUUCACGGCGUGGCUGGCUCUGGGCUUGGCCUGCCAUUGCGCGCUUCUUCUUCGGCAUGCGGAGGCGGUGACGCUGUCGACGGCGUCGCGGUGGAUCGUGGACGAGGCCGGGGACCGGGUGAAGCUGGCGUGCGUGAACUGGCCGUCGCACCUGGAGCCGAUGCUGGCGGAGGGCCUGAGCAAGCGGCCCGUGGGCUCCAUCGCCGGGGACGUGGCCGCCAUGGGCUUCAACUGCGUCAGGCUCACCUGGCCCACCUUCAUGGUCACCAACGCCUCCUACACCUCCCUCACCGUCGCCCAGUCCUUCCAGAGGCUCAACCUCACGGAGCCGCUCGCCGGCAUCAGGGCCAACAACCCCGCCCUCGUCGACCUCAGGCUCAUCGACGCCUUCAAGGCCGUGGUGAGCAGCCUGGGCGAGAACAACCUGAUGGUGAUCCUGGACAACCACGUGAGCAUGCCCAAGUGGUGCUGCAGCAACACCGACGGCAACGGCUUCUUCGGCGACGCCUACUUCCAGCCGGACGUCUGGGUCGACGGCCUCACCAAGAUGGCCACCACGUUCGCCGCCGUCCCCAACGUCGUCGGCAUGAGCCUCAGGAACGAGCUCAGAGGGCCCAGGCAGAACGCAAACGACUGGUACAAGUACAUGCAGCGGGGCGCGGAAGCCGUGCACGCGGCGAACCCGCGGGCGCUGGUGAUCCUCUCCGGCCUGAGCUACGACAACGACCUGGCGUUCCUCAGCUCGCGGCAGGUCACCCUGAGCUUCGCCCGCAAGGCGGCGUUCGAGGUGCACUGGUACAGCUUCUCCAACAGCCAGGACUGGGCGUCGUCGAACCCCAACGAGGCGUGCGCCAGGAUCGGGGCCAGCGUGUCCCGCCGCGCGCUCUACCUGCUCGACCAAGGCUGGCCCGUCUUCCUCAGCGAGUUCGGCGUCGACAACCGGGGCGGCAACGCCAACGACAACCGCUACUACGGCUGCGCCGCCGCCGUGGCCGCCGACCUCGACCUCGACUGGGCGCUCUGGACGCUGCAGGGGAGCUACUACCUCCGUGAGGGCGUCCGGGACCUGGACGAGGUCUACGGCGUGCUCGACCGGUCCUGGCGCAACCCGCGGAACGCGACCGCGCUGCGCAGGGUCCGCGCCCUGCAGCGCGCCUUCAGAGGCCCCGGGUUCGCCGAGGCCGCGCCCUACGUGGCGCUGUUCCAUCCUUCGACGGGGCUUUGCGUGGCGCGGAGGUCCUCGCCGGUAUCGCCGCUGGAGCUCGGGUCCUGCGAGGGGGCGGAGGCGUGGGCUUACGACGCGCAGCGGCAGAGGCUGGCGCUGCGGGACAGCCCGCUGAUGUGCCUGCGCGCCGAGGGGGCCGGCCGGCCCGUGCGCGUCGGCAUGGCGUGCGCAACGGACGAGAUGGCGCGGUGGCGCCUCGUGUCGGACUCCAAGCUGCACGUCGCGGCCAACGCGUCGUCCGGCGCUGGCAUGCUCUGCCUGGAUGUUGGAGCGGAUGGGCGGAGCGUGGUCACCAACACGUGCCGGUGCCUGAGCGCGGACAACAGCUGCGACCCGGAGAGCCAGUGGUUCAAGCUGGUGAGCAGCACCCGGAGAGUCGGCGCCAGGAGCAUGCUCGCGCAGCCGCCCCUCAAGCUCAAGGACUUGAAGAUCCGCUCGCUUUGAUCGGGCCGGAUGAUUCGUGCGUGAGAUCGAGCUCCGUGUACACACACGGCUUUACCGUAUCUCCUCCUAGCUGUAGCUGCAAAUGCGCAGGGGUGAAAGAGAGAGAUGCUGCUCUAGAACCAGAGCAGAGUCUUCAGAUAACUAAAUGGAAUAAGAUAACACCUUCAAAUCGGU